AUGCGCUGGAAACGCAUCCAGUCGAUUCCUUCAUCUAUUUCUUCAUUAACAUAUGAUCUUGACAAUGAACAGGAGCUAGAAAACAUGUAUGACUAUCUGAUCAAACUGGUAGUUAUCGGUCCAAGCGGAACGGGCAAAACUUCAAUGCUGCAUAGAUUUGUUAAAAAUGAAUUUAAGGCUCUUUCUUCUCAUACAAUUGGCGUUGAAUUUUCAAGUAAAGUAGUAAAACUGGGCAUUGGUGCACGCAGAAAACGUAUUAAGUUACAGUUAUGGGAUACUGCGGGUCAAGAGCGUUUCCGCGCUGUCAGUCGUUCAUAUUACCGUGCAGCAGCAGGAGCACUGCUUGUGUAUGACAUUACCAACCAUGAGUCUUUUACAAGUCUACCGUCUUGGUUAGAAGAUGCACGAGCACUGGCAUCACCAGAUGUAGUUAUAGUAUUGAUUGGUAACAAAUGUGAUCGCAAUAAAGAGCGAGACGUAACAGUAAGUGAAGCUAUGUGUUAUGCAAACAGAGAAGGGAUUUCUUUGUUAGAAGUUUCAGCAUUGACACCGCAUCUUAUUGAUGAUGCGUUUUUGCUCGUUGCUCGGCAGAUUUUAAGUAAAAUUGAGCUUGGACAGAUUGAUCCAAAUUUGCCGCAAUUUGGGAUUCAAUAUGGAAGUGAUGGUGUCUGUGAUCGCUCGGGAUUUGGGAGUUUUAAGGGAACAUUUAUGCGGCGACGUGGGCCAGGACGUUGGUUAGAUUGGUUGUAUGAUGUUACAGGAUGUGAAGACAGUACAUCAGUUGAGCCAGAGUGGCGAAGAGGAUGUUUAUAUGCUGUUUUACGUUUAUUAGAAGAAUUUUCAUUUUCUGUACCGUUAUUUUCCAGGUUGAUGAGAAGGUUUCCUAAAAAUAGUUUAAAUAUUACUUCAAAAAUGCCGUGA